AUGAAUUUUUGCAAAUCCUAUCUGUUUUCCACAUUGAUUCAAUGUCACCACAUAUCAUUUUUUGUGGCGGACAGCUUGGCGGCUCCUGUCAAUGUGACCAUCAAGGCUCUGAAGGCCAACUCUGCCGUGGUGACAUGGGACAUCCCCGAGGGGGACCCCGUCAUCGGCUUCGCCAUCACACAGCAGAAAAAGGAUGUGCGCAUGCUACGCUUCAUCCAGGAAGUGAACACCACCACCCGCUCCUGUGCAUUAUGGGACUUGGCGGAGGAGACCGACUACAUUGUGCACGUGCAGUCCAUCAGCAUGAGUGGGCCCAUGAGUCCGCACAGCGAACCCCUGCGCUUCCGCACGCCCAAGGAGGCCGAGACACAGGCCUCCAAGAGUAAAGACGAGGUGACCAUGGAGGAAGUGGGAGCUCAGCUGAGGGCGGGGGAGUUCAUCAUUAUCGUGGUGGUGCUGAUCAUGUGGGCAGGUGUGAUCGCUCUCUUCUGCCGUCAGUAUGACAUCAUCAAAGACAACGAGCCCAACAACAACAAGGACAAAGCCAAGACCUCAUCAGAGUGCAGUACUCCGGAGCACCCAACGGGGGGGCUGUUGCGCAGUAAGUUCCCCAAGAACAAUAACAACAACAACCGCACGCCAUCUGUGAACAUCAUCGAGCUGUGA